CUCUAUUUUCACAUAAAUGAGCAAAUUUAUCCCAAGGGAUGAUUUUUUCAGAAUAAUGGGACACGUAGAACCACCUCCACCCUACCAUGAUGGGAGUGGACGAUCCAUCCGUGAUGUCCAGGGCAUGUUUGGAGACACCAGGAAGCGUGUUGCUCCAGGUCUUUUUACUGAUAUAGAUCGAGAGUACAGAGCUAAGUUCCUGAAAGCUUCUCAGCUUUCCGCCAGAGAUCAGUCCUAUCAUCUCUUCCAUAUGUGGGACAACCCAGAGUUCAGGAAGGUAAUGCUCAAUCCUCUCCGACGACUGUGGAACGUCCCCGGAGAAGCGUUUGAAAAAGCUCUCCGUCCUGCCAUGGGUCUUAAGAAUGCGUUUGUUACCAGAUGGUUAGGUGGAAGGAUGUUGUUUGGUCUGGUUGCGACCUGGUAUUUGUCCUACUAUGCUCUGUAUGUAGGAGAGGACUGGAAGGUUGCUGGAGGAUGGAAGGUGCUCAGAGCUAAGCCUAUGACCGGACCCAAUAAUCCUAACUUCCCUAAACCUGAUCCCAAGUAUGAAAGAACUGCUCCCGGAGAUUACUUCUCCCAGGAUUUCAACGUUGACCCUCAGGCUGUAGGUCUUAAACCUAGUACACCAACUACUUGGUAGAUCCGUACUAUACAUAGUCUUUCCAGCAGUUAGAUCUAUAUCCCAUGUACUUCAUGUACAAAAAUUCAACGUACAUCUUUAAUUUAUUAUUGGUGGUACAGAUCUAACCUACUGGGUCCUAAAUUAUAUUAGUCUGCUUAGCACUGUAAUAAAUAUCCUUAAACUCUGAAUUUAUAUAAAAUUAUGUUUCAA